AAGAAACCACACCAUUAAUAGCAGGAGAGGGAGGCGAGCCCGAAAUUGAUUUUUCAAAGUAUGGAUGGUUUGCUACCUUUCGAAGGUCAAGGGCCGCGGUAAUGUGUGUCGCUUCCAUGGCUCUUUUUACAGACAUGCUCGUAUAUGGAAUAAUAGUCCCCAUACUUCCCUUAAUCGUUAAAGAGCGGCUUGGUAUGGACUCGACGUACACUGGACUGCUUUUUGGGUGUUAUGCUCUCGGUCUUUUAGUUUCGACCCCUAUUUGUGCCGUCCUUAGCGAUCGAUAUCAUACUCGGAAGAUUCCAAUGAUGAUUGGAAUGGCCGGUUUGAGUGCUUGUACGCUUUUGUUCGGUAUUGCUAAUUCGUAUUGGCAGUUGAUGCUGGCAAGAAUUGCGCAAGGUGCAGCAGGAGGAGCAUCCUGGACUGUCACCUUGGCCAUGCUGGCUGAUCGAUUUGGAACCGGUCCUAAACUUGGGGUCGUUAUGGGAACAGUUCUAUCUGCUAAUACGUUAGGUUUUAUUAGUGGUCCUGUAAUCGGUGGUGUUCUGUACCAAUACUGGGGAUACUCUUCUCCUUUCAUUUUCUGUUCUAUACUUGCAUUGUUUGGAUUUUUGACUGCAUGCACCAUUGUCGAUCCAAUUAAACUGAAAGAAUGGGAUCUAGCAAUAAGUAGACGAGAUGGAAACUUAGAUGAUCCACCAGCUUAUUGUGAAGUAGAGCCAGACUCUACCAAUCCUCUUUCAAUUUGGAAUUUAGUUAAAGAUUGGGAGAUUGUCUCGAUUUGUUUAACGCUUACAAUUGUAGCGAGUGUUUUUUCAGCCAUAGAACCCACCCUUCCCAUAUAUCUCCGCCAAGAAUUUGAUGCUAACCCAUCUGAAAUUGGUUUCGUUUACAUCACAGUAGUGAUUCCAACUUUUUUGUCACCAUUCUUUGGUUGGUUAUCAUACCGCAUUGGACAGCGGUUAAUGUGUGGUAUUGGAGUAAUAUGGAUAAGCGUCGCUUUACCGCUGAUUGCUUUGCCAAACAACUUAUGGUUAGAAGUUGGUCCAUUAUUGUUUUUCGGUGCGACUUAUUCGAUUAUUUCCACACCGUCACUUCCACUGUUAGGAGAAAGAGUUAAAGAGAAAGGAGGUGGUGCGUACGGUCAAGUUUAUGGACUUUGGAAUAUGGCAUACAGUCUUGGAAUGUUUGUAGGGCCAGCUGUUGCUGGCAUUUUAAUGGAGUAUUAUGGAUUUUUUGGUACAUUAUGCGCGUUUUCAGCGUGUACUUUGAUGAUUUCACCAUUUGUGUUUGUAGGAAAUCCGUUCAAAUAUAUUCCACUUAAACGCUUUAGAUGCUUUAAGCGCUUUAAUGAUGGAUAUUCUAGCGUUCCACAAUACGAUCCUGAACUUGAAUAG